AUGGCGGAAAACAAGAGAAUUGGUAUUGGAAUGGAUUUCUCAAAGAGCAGCAAAGCAGCUUCGAAAUGGGCAAUUAAUAACUUGGCAGAUAAAGGUGACACCUUUUACAUCAUCCACGUCAAGAAUUAUGACUCUAGACAUCAACUCUGGGCUCAAUCUGGCUCUCAUCAGGAUGUUAAUAAUUUAAUUUUGUUUUGUUUGGAUAAGCUUUUGGUGGAGUUUAGGGAGGCUGAGGUGUCACACUACUAUGAUGUGGAGACUGACAUUGAACUUCUUGAUAUGCUUGAUACUGCUACUAAGCAAAAACAGAUCCUGUUUCUGGUACCGAUUACUGAUGAGAAUUAG